AUGGCCUCUGGAACUGGUAGCACUUCUAUUCGGCCCGGGAACUGGCUACUGGUAGGAUAUUGGCUAAUUGUCGAGCUAGGUGUUGUCCCAGGGGCCAUGGGCCCCGGUUGCUGCUCUCAGCCCAUUGUCGGUUCCCGCCAUGCUCUGAAAGGUGACUACCUUGAAACUGGCCUGGUCUUCCCCAUGAAGCAUCCAUUGUUUGGAGUCAUGUUCCAAGAGGAGAGUAAUUGCCAUUUUCAGAACAUCCAUCUUUGUAAGGAGUUCUUUGGGGAGGGGUUCUUCAAGACGACGUUUUGGAUUGUCUGGUCGACGACAUUCGGCUUCCAACCAUGCCACAGCGUCGCCGAAUUCCGACGAUGUCUGCAUCGUUUCUAUAAUGAUUUUGACGAACUGAAGCAUUGCAGCAUUCUAGACAGAACACGAUUCAACCAUCACGAAUCGAUAGUCGUCCCGAUUACUCACGUUCUCCAACAUGAAGGCGUUGGCUUUCGCUUCCACACGAAGGUAACAGAUAUCGUCACCGAUCCAACCUACGACCAUCGACAUGUAUCAACAAUCAGAUAUAUCGAAAACGGCCCAGAAAAGAUAAUCGAAGUCGGGCAGAAUGAUAUUGUCAUCGUCUCUCUUGGCUCUGUCAUGUCCGGCUCAACAAGGAUCCUGCGUCGUUGGAAUCAAUGGGCGCAGAAAACGACCUCGACGAGAACUGGCUAUUAUGGCUGGAACUGGCGACAAAAGAUGCCAAAUUCGGAAUUCGGAAAUGCGUACAACUUUUGCAUGCGCAUGUCAGAAUCCAGAUUGGAGUCUUUCACUGUCACUCUCCGCAAUCCCACAUUCUUCAACCGCUUCAUCGACCUCACAGACGACGAACCCUAUACUGGCGCAUUAGUGACGUUAAAAGACAGCAACUGGCUCUUCAGCCUGAGUAUCCCCCAUCAACCACUCUUCCCAAACCAACCCGAGCAUGUGCAGGUAUUCUAA